AUGUUAAGAAAAAACAAGCUGAUCGAUGGGACCGCAGCUGGCCAAGUGGGGUUCAAGAAGAAAUCUCGAGUCCCCGGCGUGAUGAUUACACAGUUCAUUGAGACACUGCCAGAGGGAAAGAACCAUCCGGACUUCACCCGCAAGCCAAUUGCUUUGACCAUCCAAGAGGGAAAAUUUGCCUUUUUCAAAGCCAUUGUCACCGGAGACCCGGAGCCAACUGUAACAUGGGGCCGAAAUAACGGAGAUGUGUCUGAUACUUCAAGAUACCAAACCAAACACGAUACCAUUUCCAAUGAGCAUACAUUUGAGAUGCCAAAUGUCAUGCCGGAUCAAGCGGACACCUACAAAUGCUUUGCCAAAAAUGAGUAUGGACAAGCCAUAGUCACGGUCGUUCUGAAUGUUAUUGAAGUUGGUUUCAAGAAGAACAAGAACCCGCAACAGACAGCAGAGCUUACUGAAGAAAACUUUAAGAAUGUGCUGAAAAGGAAAAGUAAGGUCCGUCCCAGGUCUGAGAAACCUGUGAAAAAAGACGGGGAGAUUGAUCCGGAGGUUUGGGAGCUGCUACUCAGCGCUGAUAAGAAAGAGUACGAGAGAAUCUGCGCAGAGCAUGGAAUCACUGACUUCCGACGUAUGCUCACAAAACUGAAUGAAAUGAAGAAGGAGAGGGAGGAGGAACAAGCUCAGUUCAUCAAGGAGCUGAGUAACCUGAGGCCCAUUCAGGUCAAUGCAGAUGGUUCCGCCUCCUUUGAGGUUGACAUGGAUCUUAAUGACCCAAGCAGCCACAUCUUCCUUUACAAGGAUGGUGUAAUGGUUCCAUAUACAAAGGAGUUGGGAGACAAGAUAAAGCACAGCCUCAAGAUAGUGGGGAGAAAGUAUACUUUCAGUAUGAGGGACCUUAUGCCAGAAGAUGCUGGACUGUACCAGUUGGAUGUAGAGGAUGUGAAUAUCUUUACUACUGAAUUUAAAAUCCCCAUGGUGGAGUUCCUGGUGAAACUUCAGGAGGUGAAGGCAACGGAGAGAGAAGAUGCCGUGUUCGAGUGUGUCCUGUCAAAUCCCUUCGCCAAGAUUCUGUGGUUUGGCAAGAAUUUGCCACUGGAACAAGGGGACAAGCACGAUAUCGAGGUUUCAGAGGACAAGCUCAUUCACAGACUGGUGGUCAAAGACUGCAUGGUGGUGGACAAAGGAAUUUACUCUGCCUGCGCAGGAAUAAAAUCCUGUAACGCAUGGCUUGUUGUUGAAGCUGACAAAGAAGCUCCAAAGGGGAAAAAAGCAGCGAGGAAAACAACGAGGGCUGGAGGAGCUGGAGUCGACCUGCAGAAGGUGGCCCAAGAACAACAAGUCAAACUAGUGAAAGAAAGGGAAGAAAGAAAGGAACAGAUUAUAGCUGCUAAAGAAGCUGCGGCUGCUGCGCCCCCCCCUGAAGCCCCUCCAGCUCCUGCAGCUGCACCUGAGGCACAAAAAGAUCCCAAACCAGGUAAGAACAGUGGCUCUCCUGCAUGAUCUCCCCGGAAAGAGAAGGGUAACUUUGUUUCACGUUGUCCAGAGCCCGUUAUCACCUGUGCCCUCUCGGAUAACUACGCUCUUCGUGGAAAGACAGCGGAAUUACCUGUGAAGAUGAACCUGGAGUGUGAUGGUUCCUGGUUCAAAGAUGGAGAGCAGUUAAACUCAGGUGCCGGGGUCACCAUAACCAAAGAAGGAACCUCUCACAAGCUGACGAUUAAAAGCUGCACAGAUGACGACUCCGGACUUUAUCGCUUUGUGUCAGGGGAGCAGAGUACACAGGGAAAGGUUACUGUAGGAGAUGUACCGGAAUUUGACCCGGACGACCUUCACAAGUUCGCCAAACCUGUGAUAGUAAGAGUGGGGCAGAAUGCUGCUUUCAAGAUGCCCUACACUCCUCAGGAAUCUCUGACGGUCAGUUGGUUCAAGGAUGGCACCGAGAUCAAAGAUGGGGGAGGAGUCAAGAUCGUGAAGGAGCCCAAUCACAGCCGCCUGCUGCUCAGAGACUGCCUGCGGACAGAUGCAGGCGAAAUAAAAAUACAGCUCAAAAACCCAUUUGGUGUCGUAGAGGCCACAUCUCAGCUUAUCGUGAUUGAUCGCCCAGGCCCACCGGAGGGUCCAGUGGAGACCGUUGAAACCACCUCGUCUGUGAUCGAGAUCAAAUGGAACCCUCCAAAGGAUGACGGCGGCUCGGCUGUCACCAACUAUAUCAUAGAACGACAGCAGGCGGGACAGAGUCUGUGGAUGAAGCUUGGCGAUGUUUUAGCUGACAGGACGUCCUUCAGAGACAGGAACGUGACUCAUGGAAAGAAAUACAACUACCGCAUCUACGCUGAGAACCCCGAGGGCCUCAGUGACGCCCUGGAGACAGCUGACAGCAUUAUGGCUGGCAUAAUGAUACUCGCUGGUCCACCUGGCGCUCCCAACGUGGUGAGUGCCUCUAAGACGUGUAUCAAACUGACGUGGACCCCUCCGGAGGAUGACAGAGGAGUACCGAUCAUCGGUUAUCAAGUAGAGAAGCGAAAGAAAGACACAAAUGAGUGGAUUGCCCUGAAUGCACUCAACGAACCUAUCAUAGAGGCUAAGUUUGCUGUUAAAGAUGUUAUGGAGGGAGCGGAGUACGAGUUCAGGGUUGCGGCAAUCAACGAGUCAGGAUCUGGAGAUCUAAGCCCUCCUUCUGCCAUGGUGUGCGCAAAGAAUCCCAACAUGAGACCUUGCUUCAAAGAUCCAGAGGACUUCAUUGUCGUCAGAGCCGGGAAUUCUGCUCGGGUCAAAAUCUGCUAUGAGGCCGAGCCUCCGCCCGAGAUCAGUUGGCUGAAGGAGGAUGAGCCACUAUCCCAGUGGAUCAAUAUCACCAAUACCGAGGGGAUGUCUCAGCUUGUUAUCCCCUCAUCGAAGAGAACAGAUUCGGCCAUCUACACUAUUACCGCCAAAAACUCUGUGGGCGAGGCUUCGUUUGACGUUGAGGUUAGAGUCGCAGAUGAACCCAAGACUCCAGGGCCAGUGGAGUUGGAGCAGACGGUCGAGGGCAAAGUGGUGAUCUCGUGGGCGCCCUCUCCUGACGAGGAGCACGACGACCGCCUGUUCUACGCGGUAUCUCAACAUGACUCCAACAGCCGAGUGUGGAAGACUGUGGCAGACCGUCUCACCGCUCACACAUACACAGCCAACAACAUCCUUCCCGGGAUAGAGUAUCACUUCAAGAUCUACGCCAAGAACGACGUGGGCCUCUCAGAUCCGUCUCAGUCGCCGACAUGGGGCGCCAACAGCAACAGAGGUGGGAUAGGUAAUUCAACGGACAUUUCCUUUGAGAGGCCCCCGUCCAUCCUGGUCCCUCUCAAAGUCCACGCUCCACCUAAAGGUUAUCAGCUGUACAUGACAUGCGCUGUCCGGGGAACUCCGACACCCUCGGUAUCCUGGUUCCUGAACGACGUGUGCAUCAACUCAGACAACAACUACUACAUCACCAACUCGUACGGAGUGUGCUCCAUGUUUAUUCUCCGAGUUCGGACAAUGGACAGCGGUGAAUAUAAGGUGGUCGCGGUCAACUCUUUUGGAAAGGCAGAGUGUUCCACUAAGCUUGUUGUUAGAGAAUAA